AUGUCUCAUUUCCGCGCAAAGAGACUGGACCUUGGCGGGUUUGUCAACAUCCGGAUUAUUCGUGACCAUACCAAGCGAAAAGUCUUUGAGCAGUAUGAACCGGAAAGACAAGCACUCCGAUAUAUAUCUCACAACACCAGCCUCCCCAUGCGCGUACGUGCUCAGGCGCAACUGAAGCUUUCUCAGAUGCAUGCCUAUACCAGACCAUCGCAAAUAAAAAACAGGUGUAUCUCUGGAGGAAUAGCGAGAAGUGUGUUCAGAGACUUCAAGUUGGCAAGAUAUCAAUUCAGAAUGCAAGCUCUAGCUGGAGAGCUUCCUGGUGUUAGGAAGGCCAGUUGGUAA